CAUCAUGGAAGCUUACAACAUUCGAAUGUUGCCGAAGUGUAAAUGAUUCAGCAUUAGCAACCCGACCCACUUUAAAACUACAUUUUAUAUUCAUAUUCGAGAAUCUACAUAUUAUUGACAAUUUAAUGGAUGGUAGAAAUAAUAUGGAUUGCUGUUUCAAGAAGAAAGGCUUAUUGGAAUCGGAAGAAACGGAUCCAAGCCAGAAUGGGAGUGACGGAACGAGAGAUCUCCACAUUUCAACCGAAACGUUCCAAACAUACGACAGUCAGAAGACGGCAGAUACAGAAAGGGGGAAAUGGACAGGGAGGUUCGACUUUCUGCUAUCUGCAAUAGGGUAUGCUGUUGGUCUUGGGAAUGUUUGGCGAUUCCCGUACAAGUGUUACACUAAUGGUGGGGCUGUGUUUCUGAUACCUUACACAAUAAUGUUAGCAUUUGCCGGGCUACCAAUGUUCUUCCUAGAAUUGUCAUUUGGGCAGUAUGCUUCCCUUGGACCCAUAUCCAUCUGGAGAAUAUCUCCUUUAUUCACAGGUCUAGGAUAUGCAAUGUGUACACUAUCACUCAUACUGCCCUGGUCCGAUUGUGAUAAUGACUGGAACACAUGUGCAUGUUCAAAAACUAUGAAUAUCAUAACUAAUGCUACAAUUGGUGGUGUGAAUUGCUCAACAUUAAAUAUUACCAAACGUGUGUCACCAACGGAGGAGUAUUGGCAACGUUAUGUGUUGGAGGUUACACCCAGUAUUAACGAAACUGGCUACAUACGGUGGCAGCUGUUUCUUUGCAAUGUCCUUGCCUGGGUUGUCGUAUUUCUAUGUCUUAUAAAGGGGGUCAAAUCUUCCGGCAAGGUUGUUUAUUUCACAGCAACCUUCCCGUAUGUUAUAUUGUUCAUUCUCAUGGUGCGAGGGGCUACGUUGCCCAACUCCCUUGAGGGGGUCAAAUUCUACAUCAUACCGGGGAAGGAUGACUGGAAAAAGUUGCUCGACGCAAAGGUUUGGGGUGAUGCCGCUCAACAGAUAUUCUACUCUCUAGGGCCUGGAUGGGGUGGUCUCAUAACAAUGUCCAGCUAUAACAAGUUCAAUAAUAAUUGUUACAGAGACGCUCUGAUCGUGUCGAUUACAAACUGCGCCACCAGCGUGUUCGCAGGAUUUGUUAUAUUCAGUGUUCUUGGAUUCAUGGCGGGAGAAAUGGGCGUGGAGGUGUCCAAGGUCGUGGCACAUGGUCCGGGUCUUGCUUUUGUGGCCUAUCCCGAGGGUAUUGCAAGGAUGCCAGGCGCACCCUUCUGGGCCGUUCUUUUCUUCUUUAUGCUGUUUACCCUCGGAUUGGAUAGUAUGUUUACUGGGCUAGAAGCAAUAGUGAGUGCUCUCACAGACGAAUUCCUUGCGUUGAGACCUCGGAAGUUCCUAGUGUUAGCUUCAAUUUGUGUACUAGGACUUAUCUUAGGGAUACCUUGCGUCACUCAGGCAGGCAUGUAUUGGGUUCAAUUAUUGGAUUGGUACGCGGCCUCUCAUUCUCUCUUUUUAAUCGUUUUUCUUGAGGUGGUCGUCAUCAAUUACGUAUAUGGUUAUCGUCGGUUUUCUGAAGAUAUCCGGACCAUGAUUGGCUUUAAGCCCAACUUCUAUUGGGGCGCCUGCUGGUUGGUACUCACUCCACUUAUCAUACUAUUCAUAUUCGUAAUGAUAUCUGUUAAGUAUGAGCCAGUGAAUUUGGAUGGUAUGCAUUACCCCAAGUGGGCCGAGAACCUCGGUAUUCUUACAAUGGCGGCCUCCGCCUUGUGGAUCCCAAUAUUCAUGAUUAUACGGCUUGCUCAAUAUGUUGGUUCAUGUCAGGGAUUUUUGGCGCUAUUCCGUGGACAGCUAACUGGUGAAACUUGGCGAAGGUUAACAUCUCCGUCGCCAGAGUGGGGACCAGCAUUAGUAGAUAGAACACUCACACCUGCUGGACAGAGGGCCAAAGAAGAACACGAUGCUAAAGCCGAACUUGCCAUUGUUAAUCCAGCCAUGAACUUGAACCAUUACGAUUCAAUUCAAUUUGAGACUCACAUUUAAAGAUGUAAUAAAAUGCCAAUCUGAAUCUCUGAUUAGCUUGUACUUAUCAUAAAGAACAGUCCUUUUGUUAUUUUAACUACAAAGCUAGUAAUAUUUCCCUUAAAACACGAUUUAUAUUAAGACAAAAAUGUCGAUCUCUGAAAUGUUGUUAUUUUCACAGACGUUUUGAAGUCAUUUGACCAUGGUUUUAUUACAUCUUUAAAGACAUGUAUAUUUUUUGAACUAAAUGUAGUUAGUAUUAUA